AUGGCGAGGAAGAGGCCGAUUUUGAAAAUCAUCAUUCUGGGCGACAGCGGGGUUGGCAAGACCUCCUUGAUGAACCAGUUCAUCAACAAGCGCUUCACCAACCAGUACAGGGCUACAAUCGGUGCCGACUUCUCCACGCAGGAGGUGACUGUCGACGACAAGGUGGUGACGUUGCAGAUAUGGGACACCGCCGGACAAGAGCGGUUCCAAAGCCUCGGCAAAGCGUUCUACAGGGGCGCGGACUGCUGCAUGUUGGUCUACGACACCACCAACCAGAAGACAUUUGAGUCCAUCGAAAGCUGGAAGUCCGAGUUCCUCAUCCAGGUGGAACCCAAGGACCCAGACUCCUUCCCGUUUGCACUGAUCGGCAACAAGGUGGACGACGUUGCAAACAGGAAGGUCAGCGCCAACAAGGCCACUAACUGGUGCAAGGCUAACAACGACAUACCGCACUUCGAAACCAGCGCAAAGACGGCACACAAUGUUGCCACUGCAUUCCUCGAGAUCGCAAAGAAGGCAAUAGCCCGUGACACUCAGGACGACGAGAUAUACAUACCCGACACACUGCUGCUCGACCAGCGUCACGUCGAGCAGUCGGGACCCAACUGCCAGCGCGGCGUGGCCAGUGUCAUCGGCUGCGACUCAUAG